CUUCUCGGGUGUAAUUUUUUGGUAUUUUUGCGAAGUGGCACCAAUUUUGACCUUGUGUUUUUCAAUUGCUGAAGAAUCAAUAUAUGUAGAAGAAAAAGAACAAGCCGAACAUCCUUGAUUCCGUCUACAACUUUACAUCUGACUUUCGAGUCAGGGUUAUGUGUUUUGACAUGCUUUGAUGUUAUCCAGAAGCUAGAAGCACAUUGUAAUAUUCAAUAUUUCACGCAGGAUGAUGUCAGAGAGGGAUUACGCACCCCUGAGCGCAGCAUGCGUGCGCUCUCUCAAUGACAAGUUAUACGAGAAACGGAAGCCAGCUGCUGUGGAGAUAGAGAAGAUGGUGAAAGAAUUUGCUGCUCAUAACAACACUGUGCAGAUCAAGAGGCUGCUGAAAGUUCUUGGGCAGGACUUUGCUACCUCGCAGAAUCCACAUACACGCAAGGGUGGUUUAAUAGGUCUUGCAGCGAUUGCAGUCGGUCUCGGAAAGGAUACUGGUCAAUAUAUAGAAGACCUGAUCCAUCCAAUUCUAGCAUGUUUCAAUGAUUAUGAUUUGAGAGUUAGAUAUUAUGCUUGCGAGAGUCUAUAUAAUGUAGUUAAAGUGGCAAGAGGAGCAGUUCUGCCUCAGUUUACAGACAUUUUUGCUGCUCUUAGCAAACUGGCCUGCGACACAGAGCAAAAUAUAAAAAACGCCACUGAAUUACUCGACAGAUUGAUGAAGGAUAUUGUAACGGAAAGUGGCCUCUUUGGUUUAGUCGAAUUUAUACCUCUGUUGCGUGAGCGUAUUUAUACAAAGAACCCAUUUGGCAGAUUGUUUGUAAUAUCAUGGAUAUCCGUGCUGGACGCGGUGCCCAACAUGGACUUAAUAAUAUUUCUACCAGAAAUACUUGAUGGAUUAUUUAAGAUAUUGGAGGAUCCAACGCUAGAGAUAAAAAAAGUCACGGAUACGGUCCUCGGUGAAUUUUUACGUAGUAUAAAAUCCAAUCCCGCUAGAGUGGAUUUCCCAGCCAUGAUAAACAUACUGAUAACACAUGCUCAGAGUAGCGACGAUCUGCUCCAGUUGACCGCCAUUACGUGGAUCAAAGAGUUCGUACACUUGUCCGGGCCUCUCAUGCUCCCAUACAUGUCGGGAAUUCUUGUAGCCGUUUUACCAUGCUUGGCGUAUGACGGUGACACGCGUAAAAAUAUUAAAGAAACAGCAACACAAGUAAAUGCGAAUUUAAUGAAAUUAAUCGUCCAAAGUACAGAGGUCACAAAUAAAGAUCAAGAAAAUAAGGUGCAGUCUAUGAGAGAAAAGAAUGAUGUAAUAGAAAAUUAUUCCCUAGAUGAAAACUUGGAUCUUGCCAGUGUAGUGGAAGUACUUACGAAACACUUGCUGUGUCUAUCGGUCCAAACUAAAGUUGCAGUUUUAAAAUGGAUACACCAUUUAUUCAUAAAUAUUCCGCAAAAAAUGUUUAAUCAUAUUGAGGAUUUGUUUCCAAUAUUAAUGAAAUCCUUAAGUGACAGUUCUGAUGAGGUGGUGCAACAGACUUUAGUGGUAAUGGCUGAGAUCAUCAGCUCGAAAUCUCCGGAGGCGAUAGUAACCAGUCCUGAUGAGAAGAUACAGAACAAGUAUUUUACAAAGUUUAUAGUCAAUUUAUUAAGGAUCUUCUCGACUGAUAGACAUUUGUUAGAAGAACGGUGCGCUUUUAUUAUAAGAGAACUGUGCGUGCUUCUGAGUGCAGAAGAUAUAUACAAGACACUGGCAAAGAUACUGCUGGAAGAGCAAAAUUUAAGUUUUGCCUGUACUAUGAUACAAACUCUGAAUGUUAUCUUAUUAACCAGUUCAGAGUUAUUUGAUUUGCGCAACAAACUUAGGCAUUUGGAUUCUCCAGACAGUUGCGCGUUAUUUGAGUGCCUGUAUGUGUCCUGGUGUCAUAAUCCGGUUGCAACUGUGGCCUUAUGUCUUCUAUCUCAACAUUACCGACAUGCAUGCAACAUAAUUCGAUCUUUCGAAAACAUAGAGGUCACAGUAGAGUUUCUAACGGAAAUAGAUAAAUUGGUACAAUUAAUAGAAUCACCGAUAUUUACUUAUCUAAGGCUGCAGCUGUUGGAAUGGGAGAAGAAUGAUGCUUUGAUAUACGCGUUAUAUGGCUUGCUUAUGAUCUUGCCACAGAGUGAUGCCUAUGCUACUUUACAACGUCGUUUAGCAGCGAUACCUCCAGCUACGAAGCCGAUACCUAAAAGCGAACAGGAGGAAAUAAAUGUUGAUUGCCCGUUCGAUUUCAACAAGCUGUUGAAACAUUUCCAUACAGUACAAGAGCAUCACAAGGAACAGAAGCGCAAGCAAAGACUGAAUUCCUUAGUUGAAAGAAAUACUAGUCAUGUAGAUGUAUGAAUUACGCGUUUGUUUUUAUGCGCGAAAAUUCGUAAGCACCGAUUUUUAUAAUAUAAUACAUA